AUGGCUGUGCACAAGUGGACACGGCAGGAAAAGUUCAAGCGUGGUGUCUGGGCCGUUGCUUUUGCAGCAUGCAUCUUUGCUGGAACUAUUACAGGCGCACAGCUCAAGACGGAUAACGAGAAGAAGGAGGCCAUUCAAGAAUUUCGGGCAACGUCGCCCAACGAGCAAAUCGCUGCUCUGCUUUCUCAACGAAAGUCUUUAGUUGCACAAAAGGCAGUUCUUCAAAGGAAAAUCGAUGCCUUCGAUAUCCGCGUCAAAGAGCGCGAGGCUGAAAAGGCAAGGAGAGACAGCGAGUCAUCAUAG